AGUUGUCAAUCAGCACUUCGCGUGUAAAGGUGUGAAAUUCGUUCUCCUUCUUGUGACUUGUUAAACUUUACAAGAUGAGGCUUCUAGUAUCUAUCAAUGUUUAUCUCUGGACAAUCAGCCUUCUUCAAGGCCAACAAGUUCCAGUGUCGCCAGAAAAGUGGCAAGUGGCCAUUGUCCAUAGCCAACUGGGAUAUCGGAUCUGCGGAGCCUCUUUGGUCAAUGAGCAGUUCCUCAUAACAGCUGCUAGUUGUGUUCACCAACACAAUGCCGAGGAUCUGGUGGUCAUUUUGGAACAAGAUUUCGAACGACAUCGAGUGGCCGCUCUUUUGCCCCGAAUCAAUCCGAAUCUGUUCAAGAGAUCCCGGAUCAGUCGGAGUGAAGUGCAUCCGGAUUUCAACGCCGAGAACGGGGAUAAUGACAUUGCAGUUCUCGAACUGGCCCAAGCCAUAACAUACUCUGAUAAAAUUGGGCCUAUUUGCUUGCCAGAUAAGGCGAUGGACUCGUUCUUUGGCAUGAUGGCAACUCAAGGGGGAUGGGGCGUGCCUCCGGUGGCUUUCGGGCCCAACCCAUGGCCUUUGGCGAAACAGAACCUAAAAAUCCUACGCCACACGGAUUGUGGGGAUCAACGACGGAUUUGUGCCAAGACCGGAGUCCUUCAAUACCGAGAGUGCCAAGGCGACAAAGGAGGUUCAUUGCACACCUAUUUCAACCUUUAUCAGCCAAUUCUGAUCGGCAUCGUUCCCAAAGUGAAGACCUGUCCAAUCGGAGACGAAAUGGCCACCUACACUCGCAUUACGCCUUACUUGGAUUGGAUCCACGAAAACAUGCAUGGAGUGCUCUCAUGUGUUCCCUAUCGAACUUGAUCCACUUUAUCUCACAAACUUCUAGUCACGGCAUGGCAUUCUAAGAAUGAGGCUUACGCAGUACAAAUCUAAUC